AUGUCUAAUACAAAGGCUGGCCAAGAUGACUCCUUAAUUUUUGAGGACUAUGAAUAUGAAUCUUAAUAGUCAUUAACUGCUAUCAAGAAUAUCAAUCUAAAGAAGAAGAUCGAAAUCUAGCCACUUCAUGGAAAAUUCCGUAAAAUGCAAACAAUAAUAUAAUAAGAUUUGAUUAGUAAAUCGUUGUAACUUUCUUAACAGAGAAAAAAUCCAGUCAAACUUGACUUCGAAAACAUAGAGUACGAAGUAACAGUAAGAUUAAGUAAAGCAGAGGCCUUACAUGAGAAAAGAAAAACAAAAACUCGGAAAAUUAUCAAAGGUGUUAGCGGAUAUGCACUUCCAGGUUAGACAUUAUAUAUUAUGGGAUCCUCUGGAGCCGGAAAGACUUCCUUAUUAAAUAUCCUAAGUGAUAGAGCUGCAAACACUAGGGAAAAUAAACUAACAGGCAAGGUGAUGCUAAAUGAUACCACUCCACUUACUUAAGGGAUAUUUGGAAGCUUGGCAGGUUAUGUAAUGCAAGAUGAUGUCCUGUUCCAUCAUUACUCACCCAGAUAAUCAUUAAAAUUUGCAGCAAGAAUGAAAUUAAAUGAAUUUUCAGAAGAAGAAUAAGAUUAGAAAGUUGAGGAAUUACUUGAAGAACUUGGUCUUAAAUCUUGUGCUGAUACUCCAGUGGGCUCAGUCAGACGCAAAACUCUCUCAGGAGGAGAAAGAAAGAGAACAGCUAUAGGUGUAGAGCUGAUCACUGAUCCAUCUUUGAUACUUUUAGACGAGCCUACAUCUGGUCUUGACAGCUUUAAAGCACUUUAAAUUAUAAAACUUCUACAAGCUUAAGCUAACAAAGGUAAAACUGUUAUCUCUACCAUUCAUUAGCCAAGCUCUGAAGCUUUUAACCUCUUUGAUAGAUUAAUUUUAAUGUGUGAUGGUUUUAUUGUCUUCUAGGGAGAAGCAAUUAAAUGUGAAAGAUAUUUUAAUAAGAUUGGUAUUCCCUGUCCAAAAUACGCCAAUCCUGCAGAUUACUACAUGAGAGUACUUACAGUUAAUUAUCCUAAGGAGAAAAAUGACAUAAAAAAAGUUAUUUACCUAACGUCAUCCUAUGAAUAAAUCCUUAGCCCAGUAGUUUAAAAAGAAGAGAAAUUUCUAGAUCUAGCUCCGGUAGAUCCUAGUAAAUUCAGAAAAGAUUAUGCUCCGUUCAGAGUCUAAUUAAAGGAACUUUUGAAAAGAUGUAGCUAACAAGCUAAAGAUGAUCCCAGACAUUUCAAAGUAAAAGUUGGGCAAACAAUUUUUAUGUGUCUUCAAAGCUUAGCUAUCUUUUGGGAUUUAAGCGGAAAUGAUUUCGUAACACAAAAGGGCAUGGUUGGUUUAUUAUUCUAUACUUGCAUGAGUUAAUUCAUGAUGAAUAUGAUGAGUUGUCUUCUAAUAUUCCAGGAAGAAAGACCAAUUUUCCUCAGAGAGCAGGCUAAUAAGAUAUAUAAUGUUGGCCCAUAUUUCCUAGCUAAAGUAUCUUUGGAAUUGCCAGCUCAAAUAAUUACACCUAUGUUAUGGACAGUAAUUAUUUAUUUUGGUUGUGGAUUCGCAUUAACUGCUGGUCAAUUCUUCUAUUUCUACUUAAUACUCUUAUUAUUAGUAUUAUGUGCAUCCUCAUUCGGUUACUUCCUAUCUAGUAUAUUCAAUCGCGAGACGACAGCUGUGGAAGUAGCUCCAAUUAUCUUGAUGCCUUUAUAGUUGUUCAGUGGAUUUUACACUAAUGCAGGUUAUUAUCCAGUUUGGAUCUCAUGGUUCUAAUACAUAUCACCCCUUAGGUAUGCGCUUGAAGCUCUCGUCAAUAAUGAAUUCGAAGAUCGUAAAUAUGGCUCUAAUGAUAUUCAUAUGGUGCAAUUCUUGGGUUAUAAAUUAGGAAUCGCUAAGUGCCUUGCUAUCUUAGCAGCAUUAACUGUUUUCCUUAGAGUAUUAUCCAUGAUUUGCCUAAAAUUACUUGUAUCUAGGUUCCAAUGA